ACAGCCUCAGCACAAAAAAUAAAAUAAAAAGAGGAGAAAGAAAAAAAAAAGAACAACAACAAAAAAAAACCUAAAAAUUCUAUUGAUUUUCUUUCUGAUUCUCCGAUGUUCUAAGAUCGAUCCUACCUUUGAUUGUUCGUAAUUUUUCUUCAAUCGGGACUUUAUUCAUCGUAGAUUGUAAUUCUGAGAUUUAGAGUUUAAUGGCAUCACUGGUUGCCAGUGGUAACAGUCAAAUGUCUUCUUCAGUUUCUGUUCAAGAAAAAGGAAGUAGGAAUAAGAGAAAAUUCAGGGCUGAUCCACCUUUAGGGGAGCCAAACAAGAUUACACCUUCACCUCAACAUGAGAGUCUAAGCUAUGAAUUCUCGGCUGAAAAAAUCGAUAUGACCCCAAGUUUUGGACAAGUCACAGCUUCUGACUUGUGCAGUGUUAGCCAAGAUUGUUCUGAUGGCUUGAAGCUUGACCUUGGAUUAUCUAGCCCUGCAGUUUCAUCCGAAGUUAGGCCGAGCCAACCUAAGGUGGAACUAGAGACGUUUGAAUCUCACGACGCUGAUUGGAGUGAUCUCACUGAAGUUCAGUUGGAAGAACUUGUCCUGAGCAAUUUGCACACCAUUUUCAAGAGUGCAAUAAAGAAAAUCGUUGCUUGUGGCUACACUGAAGAUGUUGCUACGAAGGCUAUGUUAAGGCCUGGCAUCUGUUAUGGAUGCAAAGACACUGUGUCAAAUAUAGUUGACAACACUUUGGCAUUUCUAAGAAAUGGCCAAGAGCUUGAUCCUUCGCGAGAUCACUAUUUUGAUGAUUUAUCGCAGCUUGAGAAGUAUAUCUUGGCCGAAUUGGUUUGUGUUCUUCGAGAGGUUAGACCAUUUUUCAGUAUUGGGGAUGCAAUGUGGUGUCUGUUGAUUUGUGACAUGAAUGUGUCACAUGCUUGUGCAAUGGAUGGGGACCCUUUAAGUAGUUUAUGCAAUGAUGGCAUCGGCGAUGGCUGUUCUUCUGUCCAGACUGAAUCCCAAUCAAAAUUGGAAACAAAAGGUCCUGAAUUGAGUCUUCCAAGUCCUUGUAAUUCAAUUCCCUCGGGUUCUCAAUCUGAGAAAUCCCUUGUGGCGGAAAAUUCUCAAAUUCUUGGCGGACUCUCGGAGAAACAAGGAGGUGCUAAUUUGGGAAGUCAUUCUGUUGACAAGUCAUCUGGUGCUUCUGGAGCAUCUCAAUCUCCCCUGCUACAAGAAAAGAGCGCAAGUGUUAGAAAGGUUCAUUCCAGCAGCACUAAGAGGGACUACAUUUUUCGUCAGAAGUCGAUCCAUGUGGAAAAAAGUUACCGGACAUACGGGUCUAAAGGGUCUUCAAGAGGAGGAAAGCUGAGUGGCUUGAGUGGUUUAAUCUUGGAUAAAAAACUCAAAUCUGUAUCAGAAUCUACUACCAUAAACUUAAAGAGUGCAUCCUUAAACAUAAGCAAGGCAAUGGGAAUCGAUGUCACUCAAGACAAUCUCAACGCUGAUUUCUCAUCUAAUGAUGGACCAUCUACCCUUACUUCAAAAAGUCUGGAUUCUAGCAGUACUAUUUCUCCGUUAGCCGUUCCUUCAUCUUCAGAACCCGAAGCAAAUGCUAUACCCGCAGUCGGUAGCCCGGAUGCAUUAUCAGCUACAGAUACCGACCUUUCUCUUUCAUUGUCUUCAAAAAGCAAUUCAACUACAACACCUAUCUGCUGCAGUAACAAGGUACCUAGUAGCAGUUGUGUGGGGGUACCAAUUGUCAAGUCCGUGGGACCAUGGAUGCCGCAAGAUAAAAAGGAUGAGCUGAUUUUGAAGAUGGUUCCGAGGGUUCGGGAGCUGCAAAAUCAGCUUCAAGAAUGGACAGAAUGGGCAAAUCAAAAGGUGAUGCAGGCUGCUCGUCGGUUGAGUAAGGACAAGGCUGAGCUUAAGACACUAAGGCAAGAGAAAGAAGAAGUUGACCGACUUAAAAAGGAGAAACAAUGUCUUGAAGAAAACACAAUGAAAAAGCUUUCUGAGAUGGAAAACGCCUUGGGUAAAGCAGGCGGUCAGGUGGAACGAGCUAACACUGCCGUACGGAAGCUUGAAAUGGAGAAUGCUGCAUUGAGGAAAGAGAUGGAGGCUGCCAAGUUACGGGCGGCAGAGUCAGCAACAGGCUUUCAAGAGGUCUCUAGGAGGGAAAAAAAGACACAAAUGAAGUUUCAAUCAUGGGAGAAGCAGAAAACCUUGUUACAGGAAGAGCUAAUGACUGAGAAAAACAAAUUGGCACAGAUACAGAAGGAAAAUAAGCAAGCCGAAAUGCAACUGGAGAAACUUGAGGCUAGAUGGAAGCAGGCAGCAAAGACAAAAGAUGAACUUCUAAUGCAGGCCGGUUCUAUAAGAAAAGAAAGAGAACAAAUCGAGGAGUCAGCGAAAUCCAAGGAGGCAAUGAUCAAAUUGGAAGCCGAGGAGGAGCUGCGAAGAUACAGAGACGACAUCCAGAAACUCGAAAAAGAAAUUGCACAAAUAAGACAGAAGUCCGACUCUUCAAAAAUCGCUGCGCUAAAAAGAGGAAUCGAUGGAAGCUUUGCCAGCAGCUGUGCGGACAAGAAAAAUGGUUCGUCUUUUGAAGAACCACAUACCACUUCUAUUUCAGAACUGGUUCAAAAGUUAAACAACUUCUCAAUGAAAGGAGGGGGCGUGAAACGGGAAAGGGAGUGCGUGAUGUGCCUUUCAGAGGAGAUGUCGGUCGUAUUCCUCCCGUGUGCUCAUCAGGUUGUUUGCACAAAAUGCAAUGAGCUCCAUGAGAAGCAGGGUAUGCAAGAUUGUCCUUCUUGCAGGAGCCCUAUCCAGGAGCGUAUAUCCGUGCGUUAUGCGCGUACAUAAUUUUCUAUUUUUUUUUUGUUUCGAGUGAAAUGAGUGUUUUUGAAUAAUGUCCCUUGGACUCUCACUUGCAUAGAAUAAUGCUAUUCAGAUCUUGAAUCUGAAAUUCAGAUACAUUGAGUUCUUUUCAAUGCAAAGGUUGAUUCUUCGUUGCAGCUUC